GUCAAACGUCAAAAGUAAAUAAACUUAAUUUUUUUGGUCGACGUAUUUUAGAAAUGUUUAUUUAUUAAGUAUAAAUGUAAUAAUUCAUAAAUAAUGUAAGCUAACGAUCAACUAAUUCUGCGUGUUACACGUGCAGUUCCGUCAUUGUAUUCAAUGACAAAAAAUGACGAAGAAAUUUGAGUUUGACUGGCACAUCCCAGUACCAGAGCCCCUUUUGACUGGAUGCGUAUUUGAUAGAUGGACUGAAGAAAGGGAUAAUGGUGAAAUAGAGCAAAGAGCUUUAUUUAAAGUUGACGAAUAUGGCUUCUUUAUUUAUUGGAAAGGAGAAGGAAGAGAUGGAGACGUUAUUGAACUUUGCCAAGUUAGUGAUGUCAGAGCUGGUGGACUGCCUAAAGAUCCGAAGAUACUUAGUACUCUUUCCGGCAAACAUGGACAAGAUCUUGAUGAUAAAUCUCUCACUAUUUGUAGUGGAACCGACUACAUUAACAUUAACUAUCAACAUAUAGUUUGCCCCAAUGCUGAAACAGCUAAGGUAUGGCAGCAAGCGUUGAGGAGCAUCACACAUAAUAAUAAAAUUGUGAAUGUCUGCCCACGAACUGCUUUGAUGAAACAUUGGAUGCGACUUGGUUUCCAAGUCGAUGCCAGGGGCAAGAUUCCAGUGAAAGUAAUUGCCAGAACCUUUGCCUCGGGAAAAACGGAAAGGUUGGUGUACCAAAUUUUGUCUGAAUUGGGUCUUCCGUCUGAAAAGAACGACACUAUCGAACCCGAAGCAUUUACGUUUGAUAAAUUCUACGCGCUCUACCAUAAGAUUUGCCCAAGAAAUGAUAUUGAGGAAUUGUUUAGGAAGAUAACACAGGGAAAAGCCGAUUAUAUGAAUCUAGAGCAGUUGAUAAAUUUCUUAAAUGAAAAGCAACGGGAUCCUAGAUUAAAUGAAAUAUUGUAUCCUCUCUAUGAUGAAAAACGUGCAAGGGAAAUUGUAGAUACCUACGAACAAGACGAAACCUCAAGGGCUGCUGGUAGGCUUACUAAGGAUGGAUUGAUAAGGUAUUUAAUGUCAGAUGAAAAUGCCCCGGUCUUCCUUGAUCGCCUGGACAUAUACAUGGAUAUGGAUCAGCCAUUAUGUGCAUAUUACAUCAAUUCUAGCCACAAUACCUAUUUAUCGGGACGUCAGUUCGGUGGAAGGUCAUCCGUGGAAAUGUACCGGCAAGUAUUACUUGCAGGCUGUCGAUGUGUUGAAUUGGAUUGUUGGGACGGGAGAGGUGAAGAUGAAGAACCUAUCAUAACACACGGCAGAGCAAUGUGCACUGACAUUUUAUUCAAAGACGUCAUCUACGCCAUAAGAGAUACGGCUUUUGUCACGUCUGACUAUCCUGUUAUAUUAUCGUUCGAGAACCAUUGUUGCAAAACCCAACAAUAUAAAUUGGCUAAAUACUGUGAUGAAAUUCUAGGUGAUUUGUUGUUGAAAGAACCCUUAGAGGAUUACCCGCUAGAAGCAGGUGCUCCCCUUCCGCCACCCAGUUCUCUGAAAAGAAAAAUCCUAAUAAAAAAUAAGAGAUUGAAACCCGAAGUAGAGAAAAAUGAGUUAGAAUUGUUUAGACAAGGUCAGUUUGUUAUCGAGGAUGAAGAAAAGGAAGACGCUAAUGCAAGUGCCGACAGGCCCAUACCUCCGGAUAUUUCUGUGGAGGCUCCAGUAGCAGAGGUAACUUUAGGCGACGCAGACACUUGUGUUCCGACAACGAUUGUUUAUACUGGUUCUACUACAAACGUGCAUCCUUGGCUCAGUUCCAUGGUCAAUUAUGCGCAACCAGUUAAAUUUCAAAGUUUUGAUGCUGCCGAACAGAAAAAUAUCCACCACAACAUGUCCAGUUUCUCGGAACCGGCCGGUUUAAAUUGGCUAAAGACACAAGCUAUCGAAUUUGUCAACUACAACAAGCGACAAAUGUCACGCAUAUAUCCUAGUGGUGCCAGAGCUAACUCUUCGAAUUACAUGCCACAAGUAUUUUGGAAUGCCGGAUGUCAGAUGGUGUCUCUUAAUUUCCAAACCUCUGACCUUCCCAUGCAGCUUAAUCAGGGUAAAUUCGAGUAUAACGGGAACUGCGGGUACCUUUUGAAACCCGACUUCAUGAGGCGGCACGACAGAACCUUCGAUCCGUUCGCUGAGUGCCCUGUAGACGGCGUUAUCGCUGCGCAGUGUGCUGUUCAAGUCAUAGCUGGUCAGUUCUUAUCGGAUAAGAAGAUUGGGACUUACGUGGAGGUGGAUAUGUACGGGUUGCCAACGGACACCAUCAGGAGGGAAUUCAGAACCAGACUGGUCCCGGCAAACGGCCUGAAUCCAGUGUAUAAUGAAGAGCCGUUUCUUUUCAGGAAAGUCGUACUUCCCGACCUAGCCGUUCUUAGAUUCGGUGUAUACGACGAAAAUGGGAAAUUAUUAGGCCAAAGAAUACUACCUCUAGACGGUUUACAAGCUGGGUAUCGCCACAUUUCCCUUAGGACCGAGGCGAACUUCCCCAUGUCCCUACCCAUGCUGUUCUGUAAUAUCGAAUUGAAGAUAUACGUCCCCGACGGCUUCGAGGACUUCAUGGCUGCGCUGAGUGAUCCCAGAGGUUUCAUGGGGGCACAGCAGAAACAAAGCGAACAGAUGUCCUCGAUGGGAAUAGAGGUCACGGAUAAGGGACCAGCAGUGGAGAAGAAGGAAAAGAAAGAAGAAAAUAAAAUAGUUUUUGAGCCCAUCACCAUCGAGUCGAUUAAACAGGAUAAGGCAUUCCAAAAGACGACGAAGAAGCAGCAGAAGGAAUACGACACAUUAAAGAAAAAACAGACGAAGGAAAAAUUGACGGUACAAAAAGCACAAUGUUCUGCCAUCGAGAAGUUGAUAAAGGGAAAGAACAAAAACGAUGUGGUAAACGACCCGGCGGUACGCAAACUGGUGACAGAGCAAACUCUAGAAUGGAGCGCUCUCAUGGAAAGGCACCGGAAACAGGAAUGGGAAUUUUUAAGAAACCAACUAGACGACCAAAGAGAUGUUCUCCGUAGGCACAUGGAACUGUUACAAGCCGUGCAGAUGAAACAGUUAGAGGCUAAACACGACCGGGAACUGAAGGAGAUGAGCAGCCAACAAGCUAAAAUUUCUGUGGAAACGGCGAGAGAGGUUGCGAACGACAAGAAUUUGAAAACUAAGAGGGACAAGGAGAGACGACUUAAGGAGAAACAGCAGAACAAUAACAAGCGUUUUAUAGAUGAACGCAAGACUGCGACCAUUAAACAGGGUAGGGAAAAGGAAAAAUUGAAAAUAACCCACGAAAAGCAGUUAGAGAUGUUAUCCCACGAUAUACAAAAGAUGAUCGACAUGUACAAAAAUGAGGAGAUGGAGUACGAUAUGUCCAGCAAAAGCGAAUUCUUCGCUUGAGGUAUCAGAAAAAUAAUGAAGGACCAAUGAGGUACGUUGCAAAAUUUAUGUAGGAACCAAUAAAAAUUAGUCGAAUAACUGUGAACUAGUAAAACCUUUUUUUUUU